UUUGAAGUUGAACAUCACUCUUUUUUGGACAGAAUUUGAAGAUUUGUUUAAUCCAACGUUUUGAGAAGACGCAAUAUGGAUAAUAAAGGUUCAGUUAACACUUCUAAGAAAUACCACAAAUUUUACUGCUCCACUUGCGACUUACAUACCAAUUCUGUUAAUCAAUUAAACCAGCAUUUCGAAGGCGUACGACAUAAGCAAAAUGCAUUAACAAAUAACGCCCCUAAAAAAAUUACUUGCAAUGAAGAUCAUCACUUCGAUUACACUGUUUAUCUGUCAACUUUCGUCGUUAUAAUCAUCACAACAUAUGUGUUUUGUUACGUAAUUGUUAAGUUUUGUAACUCUGAUACCUACUGUAAUUAAUUAUCAGUAUAAAAUCAAUUUUACGGCACCUUAAAUUUCGCGCCAUAAUUUUAAUUGGCGGAGAGGUCGUCCCCAAGCGUUCACGGCUUCUAUGCGCACGAACGAACGCGCAGAACAAUGAGGUAGCAGCCAUUUUAUGUCGGUGUCUAAGAAAAACAUAAUUCGAAUGGCCAAUCUUAACGAAAUUGUGUAAUUAGUGCUAUAAUUUAUGUGUUUCCGCACACGUUACUAUAUUUACGUGAUCCAUUACUAAUGUGGCAGUAGAUGAAAAUGGGGGAGCAGACAAGAGUUCGCCAUUAGUUUCCCGGCACACUGGGGCGUGGGCGUCGGGGGUGUGGCACGGGGCGUGGGGGUCCCCGUGCCGCCCCCCGGCGACCUACUCGCCACUAUAUCCAUGUUUGAGCAGCAAAUCAAGGCAGAGCCCAUGAGUUUCUACUCAUCCCAUCCACAUGUCCACUCCGGUCCCCCAUCAAUAGUCCGGCCCGACUCCAACCAUCCGAUCAUCAACAUGAACCAGCAUCACCAGUCACAUCAGGAAGACUCCAAAGACAGUCUCAUAGUACAACAACAAGUACAACAACACCAGCAGGACCUUAUGGAACAACACCAACAACAAGAAUUACAGCAGCAAGAUGAUGAGCUCAGUUUCAAGGGAAUGGAUGAUGAGGGUGUAGACAUGGACAUGGAUAGCCGACAGUGCUCUCAGAAAGCUUAUUUACAGGGUAUGGGCGUGGAUAUGGGCUCUGUUCAGACAAAAAUGGAGGUACCAAAUGGGGGCCAAUCAACCCCUCGAUCAAAACCUCAAGCUUGCAAAGUCUGCGGUAAAGUGCUAUCAUCUGCUUCAUCGUAUUAUGUCCACAUGAAACUUCAUUCUGGCAAUAAACCCUUCCAGUGUACGGUUUGCGACGCAGCUUUUUGCCGCAAGCCUUACCUGGAGGUCCAUAUGCGUACGCACACAGGCGAACGCCCGUUUCAGUGCGACCUUUGCCUGAAGCGAUUCACGCAGAAAUCCAGUCUCAAUACGCACAAACGCGUCCACACUGAUGAGCACACGCGCGCGUUGCUGGCGAAGGACCGGCCCUACAAGUGUGACCUCUGUCAGAUGCGGUUCACGCAGAGCUCCAGCCUCAACCGACACAAGAAAAUUCACACGGAGGAACACAAGCGCGCGCUGCUGGCUAAGGAACGACCCUACCAGUGCGGCGUCUGCUUUGUGCGAUUCACCCAGAAAUCAAGUUUGGGCCGGCACGGAAAAAUACAUACCGAGGAGCACAGACGAGCCCUGUUAGAGAAAGUGCGGCCGUACCAGUGCCACAUCUGUUUUAUGCGCUUCACUCAGAAGUCCAGCCUUGGCCGUCAUGGGAAAAUACACACUGAGGAGCACAUCCAAUCGCUGAUCAACAAAGUGCGCCCCUAUCAGUGCGACAUCUGUGACAAGCGGUUCACGCAGAAGUCCAGCCUUGGCACUCAUAAACGUAUACACACUGGGGAGCGGCCGUUCCAGUGCACCGUCUGCCUCAAGUCCUUCACGCAGAAGUGCGCGCUCAAUUUGCACGAAAAAAUACAUACGGGCGAGCGGCCCUAUCAGUGCGACGCGUGUCUCAAGCGCUUCACGCAGAAGUCCAGCCUCAAUAUACAUAAGAGGACGCACACAGUCCAGGGGAGACCGUUCCAGUGCCUGUCGUGCCCCGCCGCCUUCACCUGCAAGCAAUACCUGGAGAUUCACACUCGCACGCACACCGGGGAGCGCCCGUAUCAGUGCGACAUCUGCCUCAAGCGGUUCACCCAGAAAUCCAGUCUGAACAUCCACAAGCGGACCCACUCAGUGCAGGGCCGGCCGUUCCAAUGCCUGCAGUGCCCGGCCGCCUUCACUUGCAAGCAGUAUCUAGAGAUCCACAACCGCACGCAUACCGGCGAGCGCCCUUACCAGUGUGACGUAUGCCUCAAGAGAUUCGCGCAAAAAUCGACACUCAAUAUACAUAAACGAACGCACACAGUGCAAGGGCGGCCGUACGCCUGCCUGGAGUGCCCGGCGGCGUUCACGUGCAAGCCGUACCUGGAGAUUCACAUGCGAACGCACACGGGCGAGCGGCCCUUCGAGUGCGAUGUCUGUUUCAAGCGCUUCACGCAGAAAUCGACGCUCAACAUUCACAAGCGAAUACACACCGGUGAGCGACCGUACGCUUGUGAUAUUUGUCAGAAAAGAUUUGCUGUGAAGAGUUAUGUAACGGCACACAGAUGGUCGCACGUGGCUGACAAGCCGCUGAACUGCGACCGCUGCUCGAUGACGUUCACGUCCAAGUCGCAGUUCGCGCUGCACAUCCGCACGCACUCGGCCGGGCCCUGCUACGAGUGCAGCGUCUGCGGGCGCACCUUCGUGCGGGACAGCUAUCUCAUAAGACAUCACAACCGCGUGCACCGCGAAAACCACAGCAACAUGUCGGCCAACAGCAUCGGCACCAUCAACAGCGUCGCCACCAACACCAAUAACUCCAGCAGCAACUACGACUCGCCCGGCGUUUGUGACUUAAGCUUCGUGCCUAUGGUGAACCGCUACAUGACCUCUCAAGGCACGCAGGUUUCGAUGCAAGAUACUCAGAGCAAGAUGUCAGCUAUGUCGCCGCAGUCUAUCGCGUCAAUAUCUUCGCCUCCUCCUCCACACACCCCAACACCGCAGCCCCAGAUGUCUGGACAGAUGCAUCUUGGAGACUGAUCGCCUGAAUAGCUCUCGGUUGAAAAGUGAGCAGCCAGAGUGCAAUAUUAAAAAAUUGGCAGCCAUCAACAAGAGCAGCUAUGACCAUGAUAAUAACGCAUGCAACCAGGAGACUGGACGCUCCUAACCAUUAGGUUUGUCAGCAUGGACUCAUGCACAGAUUUUGUUUAUUAUAUAUCGAGUUAUUUAUUUAUCCUGUUGAGUUUGUCGGCCGUGACGCGAGAGCAAGGAUCGUGCAGCAUCGGUUUAGUUACGCUUGCGGAAUCCUCGUAACACCUGGUGGACAUCACAUAGAGAAGAGGUAGUGAGUAGUCACGUAGCGGUACCGCCUAUGAUAUGCAUUGUGAUUUUUACCCACAACUGUGAUUUAUCUAUACCAUCACAUAAUUAUAUUAAUUCUCGUGGUGGCGUUCAUAAAUCAAUACUUAAAAAAAAACUCUCAUCAUUUUAGAUUGUAGGCCUAAAAAUUUUGAUCUCAUAUUCUAAUUUGCUUAGUGUGAUAAAUUUUGGAAUCGUGAAUGGUAAAUCCAUGUUUGAAAUUCUAAAUUUGAUGUUCGUCGUUCGCUUAUCAUACCCCACUCUCAUUAGACGUAGUGAAAUGUAACAAUAUCUUAUUGCGAUGCUUUAACUUAGGAUGUGUCAGUGUAUAAUGAAGUUCAAUAAUUUUAUAGAAUUGUUACCAGUGAGAGGUAAAUAUUUUGAUCGCUGAUAAAUUUAAAGGACUCUAGAUGAUACUCCUCAUAGUAAUCCAUAAGAAUGCUUUAAUAAAGUCUCAAGUUCAUAUGAAAUAAUAAUAAUAAAUAAGUAAAAAUAAUACACAUACUUUCAGAGUCCUCAGAGGCAAUGUUAAAAGCUUCACAAAAUUAAUGUCGUAUAAUAUGAUGUUUAUUGGAGAAAUCCAGAAAAGUGCCUGUUGCAACAUAAAAUUGGCAAUAUUUUUUAAUCGUAUUGCGUUCGUAAGUUAUGUUCAUCGCGAGGGGAGUCAUUUGUGAAGCUUCUUACUAAAACUUUGUGUGCCUUCUAGCGGAUAGCGAUAUUAGGCAGUAUCAAUCGUAACACCACAAUAGGACGUCAUUAUUUUUUCUAAUUUCCAUAAAGGAUGUUCAUAUUUAGUGUACUCUCAUACAUAUAAAGCAUCAUAUAAGUAUAUACAGCAUAUUUUGAUUACCAUUUAGAAUAUAUGAAACAGUUUUCACUUUACUGCGUACCGUAAAGUGCGAAUUGUUCGUUUCCAUUACUGUUUCGAAUAAUAGUGAUUAUGAUAGUGUUAGAGCAGUAGUCUUCCAAUACCUUGAGACAGUACUGUCGCACGUGGCCGCGUGGGCCGGCGAGGUCCGCCGCGGGGGUUCCUUAUGGUUUGCCAUUAUGAUAUCAAAGAUAGAUUGGUGCCAUUCUAUGUAACGAUGUGGUAGAGUAAGCUUAGUUAAGUCUGCAGGUCAGGGUAGAACUGGAAAUAAAAUAUUGUAAGAGAACUUAUCUCCUUGUCGCCUGUUAUUUAUAUCGAACACGUUUAAACUGUUUACCUUGUUUAUUAUAUUUUUUACUGUAUUGUUAUUUUAUACUUAUACACAUACAUUAUUUUAUUUCCACAUUGUAUGUGUCCAUGUGCUGGGUCAGAAAUUGUAAAUAUUGGUAGGAUUUAUUUAUUCAAAUAAAUCGUCAAAAAUCAAUUUCGGCGUUGAAUAGGAAGGAAUUUAUGAUUUGUAGACAUAUAUCUCUACAAUCAUAGUUAAUACAAAUAUGAACUGAGCAAACAUAAAUUGGAAUUAAUAUUAGAGUUUAGUGCAGAACUAUACUUUGGGUACUACGUACUAUUAAAAUCAAAAUUUCCUUGUAGAUGUACAUACGUAUACAUAUAAUAUUAUAUACAUAUGAAUGUUGUUUGAUAGUCCUCAAUAUUUUUUUAUAUUUUGAUAGUUCUGUAUUUGAGAAAAAAACACGAAAAAAAUAGGCCAAUCUCAUUUAUCAUUUUAAAGUUAAUAAAUAAAAUAAAGAAUAUGUACACGAUAUUUUAAGAUAAAAUAAUAUGACGGAUGCAUUUAGUUGCCCAGAAAGUUAAGGAUUAUGUAACAUCUUACGCGUUUUUUUUUUUUCAAAUUAUUAAAUGUGUAGUAAGUUUCUUACCAAGCCAUUGAUAACAGUAUUAUUUAGACAAACUAGGACUUGGGUUUAAAGAGUAGUAUAAAUCUUCAAUACCAUUUUAUGAAAGAUCAUUGUGGAAUUUUCAAACCAUAGUUUAUCAAUAGUUAUGUAACUUCAUUGGUGAGCAUCAUGCUAUAGAUGUGUCGCAAUGUCGAUUACCGUGUAUUAUCCAUAGAUAUUAUGAGAGGAAAUAGAAACACCAACAUAGUAUACUAGUUUACAUAUUAUAUGAUGAAGUAUAUAUUAAAUGUCUACCUAAUUCUCCGUAACUCGACGAGGGUGAUUGUUUCUUAUUAAAUUCUAGAAUUAGUAAUAUAUUUUUGUUAUUAUAUGUUUACUGUCUUUAUAAUUGUUUUUCUUUGAAUAUCCUAUCGUUGCUUCACCCUAGUCGAGUGUGCGGGAUGAUAGAAAUCGGCGGAUCCCCGUGAUCUGCGAGGUGUAUCUUAAUUAUUAUUAGAUGUUUGCAUUGUGAGUCUGUUGAACUGUCAUUAUUAUUGUUCCCGCGGGAUACACCUCGCCGAAGCCGGGGUUGCGCGGCAUACAGCGGAGCAGCAUGCGCUGGGAGCCCCGUGGCGAACACUUCGCGUACCAAGUAUUCCGUGGGCCCCCAACUUGUGUCGCUUCACUGUUCCAGCUAUUUUACAUACCGAUGUUAGUUACUAUAUUUAGAGUAAUAAUAAUGAGCCAUUUAAAUUUACGUAAUCAGAGGUGUGGUACAAUCCGUACGUUUAGCGUUUUAUCUUUCUUUUCACCUGUAGAAAAGACUGAAUUACUUUAAAAGAUGGAAUUCACAAUAUUGAAACAUGAAUACUCACCGGAACUUUUGGCAGUGUUAGAUAUAUAUUUGUUGAUUUCGUUGUUUAAUAUCGGAGCGGUUGUGGUGAAGGACCAACCAAAUUCUUUGUAAUACUGUUUAAAUUUUGUUGAAGAAAUCGUACAUAUCCCUUACCCGUGAAUAGUCGUAUACUACUUCCCUCGUCGAGGCAGGCUACUAGUCUAGGGCCGCGCGCCGACCUGCACUGUGGUAGUAGUACGAGCAAAUAACAGUGAGCCUUGUGUAAUCAUAAUGUCUAAGGUACAUACAUAUUUAGUUAUAUUGUAUCGUUAGAUUUACGCGAACUUCCGCUUUGCCAACAUUAUUGCGUUGCUUACAUUAUAAUCAUACGAGAGUACAGCCUAAGGAUUUUAACUUUUUUUAUAUGCUGAGAGCUAUUUCUAAGUCACUGGUUUUAUACGAUUUGUAUAGUCUAACCAAAUUAUAUUACAUGGCUAAAAGUCAUAAUUACCAAGUUUUGGAGUUAUUUACAUCCCUUUAUGUGCUAAUUUUUUAUUGAAAUUCAACAAGCAAACAUCAUGGCAUGAUGAUUACGGUCAUUUAGUUAUAGCUCUUCAGAGUUUUAAUGACCAAUAUUUUAACUACAACUGUUUUUCUUUAAUUGUUAAAAUUUUUAGGCUAGUUUAUAUUUUAAAUAAGUUAGAUUUGUUAAUUGUGGUGUAUUUACAUUGCACGUGAAUAUAGCUCUUACAGCCUUUAUUACAGAUAAAUGUUUUGUUGAUUUUAUAGUCUGAAUUGAUUGUGAUAGAAAUUUAUUAUAUUUGGUUUGUUUUAUCUUCUACUUAAAAAUCUUAUUGUUUAUUGUUGAUAUUUUGAAUACUAAGAGCAAGGCAACGCGGGAGUGUACGAGGCUGUAAGAGCAUUUAUGUAGUCAGCAUUAUGUAUAUGCUUUAAUGUGAUUUUUUAAAUGUACUCUUUAUCUUUAUUAUAUAGUCUCAUCAAUCAAUAUAAUUAGCGAACUAACAAAUCGUUUAUAAUUUUUUUCAGUUCAUAGUGAUUUAUAUUGAGAUCAAAUUAAAAACAGAGUUUAUUUAAUUUUAUGGAAAAUAUACAUUGUAAAAUUAUUCUUUAAUGCUCAUUUGCAGAGCUCUAUUAAAAAAAGAAACUAUAUGAAUGCAAAAUAACAAGUCACGAUUCUUUUAGAAGUCGCCAUGUAGUGGAGAAAAAUAAACGUGCCAUGAUAUUUGUGGCUAA